AUGGACGGUCCGACCCCUGUCCGCUUCUCGCCGCUCAUUCCCCUACCCGCCCAACAGCCGCACCCACAAGACACAGACGGCAAGGAGGACGUCUUUGCCACCCUCUUCUCCCCACCCACACCCCGCGCUACCCCUACACCAUCGGAAAGCGCAGGUAGAAGUGCGGCGGGCCCGUCUUUCAACGCACACGCACGAACGACCUCGGUAGACUCGGAUUUCGGGGCGUUCGUCUCCGUUUCCGCCUCUGAGGAUCCGCUGGGACUGCAAGGAGAGCCUGACCCUUUCUCCCCGAUCCAAACCUCAACAUUCUUUGAAGAUGCAAGGGUCGCAGCGGACAAGAGACGAAGCGAGGUCUUGGACGAGCUGUUGUUGCACGAGGACGAUCCGUUAUACUGGCUCUCAGGUGCGGGUUCCGGCACAAAUCCCUCACAACUCGCCCCCCCACCCCCCUCGACCUCGACCUCGACCUCUACAUCAUCGCAGAACGCGUCGGCGGUGCUGCUCGGGGACGUCCUCAACGACUUCGAUCCGCUCUCUGCCCCCACACGAUCACCGGCCGCCCCUUAUGCCGCCUCCGAUCUCCUACACGGCACGAUGAAUCGUGCACACGAUUCAGGAAAGCCUCCUCCGCAGGAGAACGAGCUGCUCGUUGACGUUGACUCCGUCGUCGACGCCCUCCACGACGACCCGGAACGAAGGCAGCGACAACGUGCGAAUACGAACCCUGGCGAGCCCACUCGCUCGCCCUCGCUCCCGCCAUCCUCCCCGACCCGGUUGUCCCGCCCGGAGAUCCAGACCGCCCAGUCGUCCUACUUCACGCCCACGACCGGCCUGCCCUCGCGCUGGGUCUCGUCCUUCCUCUCGUCCACCAUCCGCACUCCUCGCACAGGGCCCUCGACUCCACCAACCGCAGCCUCGCUCUUCGCCGCACCGGCGCACUCACGCUCGGAGACGGCGGACACAGACGGAGACGGCCUCCCGUCGCACUCGAUCUCGUCUUCGCGCUUCUCCACGAUAUCGCACUCUGCACCGCACACCAGGCACCCUACACACUCGGAAAGCGUGGACGCCGCCAUCACGCACGGCACACCGUUCGGGUCGCACGUGUUCGUGCCCCCCACGGGGGCUCCAGGGUUCGCGGGAGAUCGGCAGUGGGACAAGGGCUUCGAUUUUGACCGGGCUCAGGUUGAACGGCGGAGCGUUCGGCUGGUGGGGCGGAAGGAUAUGACGAGCGCAGUAUUGUCUAUCGGCCUCGCGGAUACGGUCCGAACGUUCUUACCUGCGCUCGCCCGGCUUCCGAAGUCUUGGACACUCCUGUACAGCCUCGACCAGCACGGGAUCUCGCUCAACACGCUCUACACCCGCUGUCAGGAUUUCAAGGGCGGCGCACUGCUUGUUGUCAAGGAUUCCGGGGACUCGAUCUUCGGCGCGUGGAUGGGGCAAGGGAUCCAUCCAUCGAAGGGGGCGUACUACGGCAGCGGCGAGUCGUUCCUGUGGCAGAAGGCCGGCGCUGACCACGUAAAAGUGUUCAAGUGGACGGGGAAGAACGACUACGUCGCGCUUUGCGAACCCGAUUACAUUUCCUUCGGUGGCGGCGACGGCCGGUACGGGCUGUGGCUGGAUGAUACGCUCAUGGACGGCUCUUCUGCGAACUGCCCGACGUUCGAGAACGAGCCUUUGUGUUCUUACGGCACGAGGCAGGGACAGACCAUCAAGUUUGAGUGCGUCGGGCUGGAGGUGUGGGGUGUCGGUUAA